GGGCAAGCAAGUCGACACUGGUAAAUCUCAUUUACAGAUGUCACAAGGCGACAAAAACAACGCGCAGUCUCGCAAAGGAAAGGAAAUUGAUACCAAUACAACACCCUUGGAGACGGUACAAGAUAACGAGGGUGCCACUGAGAAGAUCCCGAUACAGGAAAUGUCCGAAAAGGUUCACCAGUUAGCAUCUAACGUGGAAACCCUACGACAUGGAAUGGCUGCCGCUGAUGCUUGUGGUACUACCCUUAACGCCAUCAUCAAUUGUAUACAACAAGGAAUCGAUGAAUCAAGACCUACUAUCGACAAGGCUGAAUUUAUGAUUGUUGGAAAUGCAUUACAUGACUGCGAAGAGGGAGAAGACGAUUCCGAGGACGGCUAUACUUCUGAAGGUAGCGCUGGGUCUGAUAUUCCAGCUGUGCCAGAAAAAACUCGCCACAAGCUACAGUUCAGUAAUCAAGAUGAUCAAGGAAUACAAGAAGACAGUAGUGGACCUCUGUCUCGAUCCCCUCCAUCCCAACUCCGCACAAACACCUGCAGUGCUGCAAUAAGUUUACAGCAGUUUCUACACAAUCAGGCCGGUCAAUCCCAAGCUACGCUUGCUAAAAAGUUUCUUGAUACGAAAGGUAAGAUGUCCGCGAUUGAGCUUCGCUCUAGGCAAAGACGGGAUAAGAAGAUUCUGGCUGCCGCAAAUGCUGCCAAUAAUUUUGUUCCCCGGAUGACAAUUGAAGUGUCAGUGGAAAAGAAGGAUGUCAACCAACCUCCUAGUACCAAUGUCGAAUUGAAAAAUGCUGAAAAAUCUUCCGAUGCUGGUUUGUUGAGAAGAAGCAAGAGGAUUUGUAACACAGCAUACAAUAAAGCGAAAGAGAAUAAACGCCAACGCCUUUCCUAAUAAGUCCAAGUAUGAAGGGUACCUAUGACGGGGCAUAGUCUCAUCAGGUAGAGGGGCAAGAACAUAUACAUGUAGAGAUAUGAUUUUCUUCUUGGACGGUGCA